AGAUAAAAUAACUCGUAGCUUCCAAAAGGUGAAAGAUCAUAAAAAAAAACGUCAACCUUAGUUUUCUUGAACCAAAUCGAUCAUGUCUCAUAUAGCUGUUGAGAGAAACAGAAGAAGACAGAUGAAUGAACAUCUCAAAGUUUUAAGGUCCUUGACCCCUUGUUUCUAUAUUAAAAGGGGAGACCAAGCAUCAAUAAUAGGGGGAGUUAUAGAAUUCAUCAAUGAAUUGCACCAAGUUCUUCAAUCUUUGGAAUCUCAAAAGAGAAGGAAGAGUUUAAGCCCUAGCCCUAAUCCAAGUCCAAAAACACUGCAACCAACUUUUCAUCAAUUUGAUAUCUCCUCUGGAGGAAUUGAGACUAACAAUACUUUCAAGGAGCUAGGAGCAAGCUGCAAUUCUUCAGUUGCAGAUGUAGAAGUGAAAAUCUCAGGUCCUAAUGUGAUUUUGAGAGUGAUAUCUCAAAGAAUUCCAGGUCAAGUUUCAAGGAUUAUAACCGUUUUAGAAAGUUUUUCUUUUGAAGUUCUUCAUCUUAAUAUCAGUAGCAUGGAAGAGACUGUUCUAUACCAAUUUGUUGUCAAGAUAGAACUGGGAUGUCAGCUAAGUUUGGAGGAACUAGCUAUGAAAGUUCAACAAAGCUUUUGUUCAGAGGCUAUGAAGUUGAUUGCUGUGUGACCAUAUUUCAUUUCAAAGAGAGACAUGUUCGAUUUCGAAUCGUGCAUGUGAUAAUAAAAUAAAAGCAUGCGAGAGACAUGCAACAAAACUUACUAUAAACAAAUUAGGUUAUAAUUAUGUCAUAGUGUAUGUCAUAAACUUUAUGACAAUGGAAAAUUAGUAUCAUUGUUACCAAUGUAUUGUUCCUGCAUUAUGUUUGCUUAUGAAAUGGUUCCGCAUACUCA